UGAACAGUUUCUCAGAUAAAGCCAACUUCUACUUAACCAUUACUUCAAAUUAUUUCCUUGGUGUAGUUCUUUGUGAAUCAAAUUCGCAGAGAACAAAAUAUGGGAAAGGCUUUGGUUUUAGCGUUCUACAUAACCAUAUGCUGUGUUGCUUUUAUUAUAUCAAAGAUUGUUAUUUCAGUCCUCAUCUAUAAGCGCUGGAAGAAGAAGCACUUGGUCCAUGAAGAUGGCUUCUCUGGUGGGAGAAUGGUUUUGUUCAGGGCACCAACAAUGAAACCUCUGAAAACGGAUGUGUUCUUGAAGAAGACACUGAAGUUGAGCAACAAGGACAUCAUUGGUUCCGGAGGCUACGGGACGGUUUAUAAGCUGACAGUAAAUGACUCCACAGCCUUUGCUGUGAAAAGAUUGAGCAGAGGAAGUCCAGAGAGAGAUCGAGGCUUCGAGAGAGAGCUCGAAGCAAUGGGGGACAUAAAACACCGCAACAUCGUCACCCUUCAUGGAUAUUACACUGCUCCAAACUAUAAUCUUCUCAUAUAUGAACUGGUGCCUAAUGGAAGUUUGGAUGCAGUCCUGCAUGGAAGAUCAACGGACAAGAUGCUUUUGGAUUGGCCUACCAGAUACAAAAUAGCACUAGGUGCAGCAAGAGGAAUAUCGUACCUUCAUCACGAUUGCAUCCCUCACAUAAUCCACAGAGAUAUCAAAUCAAGCAACAUCUUGUUGGAUCAAAACAUGGAGGCUCGAGUGUCUGAUUUCGGAUUGGCCACCUUGAUGGAACCGGAUAAGACUCAUGUUUCGACACUUGUAGCUGGAACUUUCGGAUACUUAGCUCCUGAAUAUUUUGAUACGGGAAGAGCAACAGUGAAAGGCGAUGUUUACAGUUUUGGAGUGGUUUUACUAGAGCUUCUAACCGGAAAGAAACCUACGGAUGAAGCAUUCAUUGAGGAGGGAACAAAGCUUGUGACAUGGGUGAAGGCAGUUGUUCAAGACAGAAGGGAGGAGUAUGUACUUGACAGUAACUUAGGCUGCUGUUCGAUCGAUGAGAUUAACACUGUUUUUAGUAUUGCAUUAAUCUGCCUCGAACCGGAGCCUUCAAAGAGGCCUACCAUGGAUGAGGUUGUCAAGAUGCUUGAGCAGAUCAAAAAUAAAAAAUAACAAACUUGUAAAAGACACAUAAAUUUGUACACCUGUUUAUACCUAAAAUGUUCGUACCUAGAGCUUUCUUAUGAAAACAAAAAUUAAAUUAAAUUCCUAUAAGGUUUGAAAAUCAUUUUAAACGCUUUCUGUAAGCACAUAUACAUUUAAUUCCCUUCCAGUUUCAAUGGCGACUCCUCUUAAUUCUUCUUCAACAUCGUCAACCCACUACUCCUGCUGCUGCUUAUCUGUGAAGCGUCGUCCUAUUUUUGAUCUGCUCCGAAUAUACACUAUCUUAUGCCUAUGAAGCUGGAGGGCACCAACUAUAUUAUCUAGAGGUAUCUGUUUGUCCCCAUACUGAGAGUUUACGAUCUUACUGGCUACAUCGAUGGCUCACUCAGAUGUCCAGACACAUUCAUCGUCCAAGAUUCAACGACAGCAGAGCUGGUUAAUCUGGGCUAUGAGCUAUGGUGCAGGAAGGAUCAAGCAGUGGUGGCGGUGAUGAAUGCUAAACUCUCACCUUCAGCACUCAGAAAAGUCUUCCAUUGCUCUACAGCCAAAGAACUAUGGCUUGCUUGCAGCUUUUCAACCCUACCGUAUGAUUAUUUUGAAGUGUACUAUAUAUUUUCUUAAUUAUUAGUUACUACAUAUUUUAGUGGUUAGGAUUCAUGAUUAUAAUAACCAUUAUCAGUGAUAUAUAUAUAUAUAUAUCUUCUAGCUGAACUUUCUGUUUGUAUUUACGACCACUCGCUAUCAGUUCCAAAUUCAUGGCUAUCGAUGCCUAUGUUGAAGAGGGAGGCCCUGAUCACUAGGACAAUCUACCACUUGCUAUUCAAAAUCGGUAUUAUUUUCACUAGUUUC